CAAAGAUUGACAAACACACACACACACAAGUUUUUUUUAAUUCUUCUUUUUGAAACGCCAAUCAAAUGUCACAAAUAUAAAUACCUGCUUUCCACACUUUAAAUUCUGACACGUUGCUUUCUUUCACUUGUUCAUCGCAUCAUCAUGUCUCUCGCCAAGCAAAACUUCUCCACCUCUUCCGAAGAAGGGAUCAAUCAACAAAUCAACACGGAGCUUCAAGCUUCUCAAGUGUACCUGUCCAUGGCAGCAUGGGCACAGCAUACCUCUGUCGUUUUACCAGGCUUGGAAAAGUACUUUCGUGAAGCAGCAAAUGAGGAACGAGAACAUGCUCAACAUUUGAUUGAUUAUUUGAAUAUGCGAGGCGGAAAGGUCGUGUUGAGAGCGCUUCAAGCCCCAGAGACUGAUUGGAAGUCAGCAAAGAAUGCAGUUGAAUCAGCUCUUCAGCUCGAAAAAGAUGUCAACAAAUCACUGUUGAAUCUGCAUAAAAUCGCCGACACCAAUGGCGAUCCUCAGAUGUGCGACUUUAUUGAAGGCAGAUACCUUGAAGAGCAAGUCAAGGCCAUUAAGACUUUGGCUGAUAUGGUUACUCAACUUAACCGCGUGGGAGAAGGUCUUGGCGUCUACUUGUGGGAUCAGCAGUUGUAUCGUGAAGGCACUGGCGCAGGCAGCAGAGUCAUUGGUGCUGGUCGCGAUUAGAGUUCAAAAGAAACAAAAAGAAAGAUUACGACUGACUUGAACAAAAAUAAAAAGAGGUCCAUCUCACAUUUUCCUUUCCGUCAACUAUUCUUUUUUUUUUGCUUUUUACGCACCUGUUUCAUCCGACAAUGAACCCUUCAUUUGGAGGAAGUUUCCUUGCUUUAGA